GAUUAGAGAGCCCGAAAGCGACGUGAUUCUUCCCCACACGCCCGAAAGGAACUGCAAGGGGCUGUGGCUGCGAUUACCUUAGUUGUUUGCUUCCCGGGCAACAGCUCAUCGAGAGCGAGUGUCAUGGCGUCCCUCACGCUUCCCGCCCGCGCGCUUCUUCCCUGGCGGCCCCCUUAUAUAGCCGAGUUCCUCCGCGUGCAUUAAUUUAUCCGACGGCGAACUGCAUGCACGCGCACACUCCCGCAGUCACCACUCCCGCCUACGCACCCAUCGACUGAUACUGCAUUCCUUCUUAGUAGUGUAGUGUCGGGUAGUGCGGCCAUUGCCCUAGCUGAUCACUCAAUGUCUGGGCAUGGGUCGUCGGGCAAGCACCCCUUCUACCGCGGCAUCCGGAGCCGGUGCGGGAAGUGGGUCUCGGAGAUCCGGGAGCCGCGAAAGGCCCGCCGCAUCUGGCUCGGCACGUUCCCGACGGCCGAGAUGGCCGCCGUGGCCUACGACGUGGCCGCCCAGGCGCUGCGCGGGCCCGACGCGGCGCUCAACUUCCCCGCCUUAGCCGCCACGCGCCGCGCCCCGGCGUCCACCUCCGCGGACGACAUCCGCGCGGCGGCGGCCGCCGCAGCCGUCUCCGUCCAGCACGAUCGCGCCGGCGGCGGCAUUGCCCCCGCGGCUGCUGGAUCCGCACUGCAGCUGCAGCAGCAGCUGAGCGGAAGCAGUGCCGCCGCUGCCUCGGCGAGCGGCGCCGCCCAGCAGGAUCAAGCCGGCAUUGGGUUCAAUCAGUUCUUCCUGGACGAGGAGGCGCUCUUCGAGACGCCGCAGUUCCUGCGCAACAUGGCCGCCGGGAUGAUGAUGAGCCCCCCGAGGCUCAGCCCCGACUCUUCCGACGAAUCGCCGGACCCUUCCGAGGCUGGGGAGAGCCUCUGGAGCUACCGCGACCCGUAGCCAUAGAUCGAUCGAUCGAUCGAUCAUGGCCUCCAUGCCAUGGCGUCGCGACUUGCUACUAGUACCAGUACUAUUGCUGCUACAGCACCACUACUGAACUUGGAGCCUGAAAUAACGAGGAUCGGUAAGGAGGCGCGUACCGGCGUUGAGACCCGUUUUUUCUCUCCGGUAACGCAUGCAGAUGUGGGUUUAGCGUCUGCCUUGAUCUCCUUGCACCUCUUCUCUCCUUUUUCUCUCAAUCUCUAGAGUAUUUUUUUUCCCUUCUUAUUGAAGUGUUUUGGACCUUCUGGUUUGAUGAAAGCCAGAAGGGGAAAAGGUCUCCAGUUUCACUAGCUUUGGCACUGUCUGAAAUAUCCGAGCUCGGCGGUAUAUAAAGCUGCAGCCAGAUACUUGACUAAAAUGUCGAGUGGGUCACGAGGAGUACUGUAUGCACUGUUUAUGUGGAUGUACUACAUAGUUGUGUAAUUAAGUUUGUACUGUAACUAUUCUGUGGGUGUGGAUUGGCUAUAAGAUGUGCGCACAGUGCGUCGCUAGCUCCACCUUUACCCUUUUUAAAACGCUUGUUGCUGAUGUUUCUAGAGUCUGGUGUGUGCUGA